CCCGUGGCCGCCAUAUUGGACAAAACGGCUACGGUUUUCUGUGAACGGAGUUCCCAGACUGGGUAUAAGAUCGUGCUCGUUUAAUCUAUCUAUUAUCAUAAAAUGCAUAAAUUAAUUAUUGUGUGAUAAUAAUUAUUAGUGAUAAAUAUUUAUUAGCUAUACUCUAUAGCGAUUUGGUGUCUUCGACAUGUAUUUAUUUGUCUGUUUUGAAUAAAUGUAUUUAGUUUAAGAAGUAAAUAAUAAGAUGGAUUCAAAUAGUUUAUUGUUGAAUGAAGAAGCAUUAAAACAAUUGCCGGAAACUAAAAGACCAGUGUUUAUUUUUGAGUGGUUACGGUUUUUGGAUAAAUCAUUAUCGACGGCUUAUAAAGUUAAUAUUAAAGAAUGUCAGAAAAAAUUAGUUGAACAAUUAACUAGUUUAAUACAAGAAAAUCCUGGUCCGCCCACUAGAAUACUUAUAGCAAAAUGUCUUUCAACUUUGUUUAAUGUGGGAGAUACUUUUUUACUUUUUGACACUGUUAAUAAAUGUAAUGACAUUUUACGUGUCAAAGAUGACUCUUUAGCAUAUCUUGCUACUAAACUAGCAGCUGUUACUUGCAUUGGUUAUAUGUAUAAAAACUUAGGACGAAUGAUGGGUCGCUCUUAUGAAGAAACUGUUUAUAUUUUAAUAAAAAAUCUUAAACAUGCGGAAUCACAAAUGAGAGUAGAAAUAAUUAUAACAUUAGAAAAAAUUUGUACAGGAAUGGGUAAUGUAAUGGGAAAUAUCCACAAAGAUAUUUACAAAGCAAUAAGACAUUCAUUAACUGAUCGAGUUAUGGCAGUUCGUUCAUCUACAGCUAAAUGUUUAUCUGAAUUGGUUAAAUAUCCAAGCUUUUUAUAUACAAUAGAUCUUGAAAACUUGGCUACUUUAUGUUUCCGAGCAUUUGAAAACGCCAAUUAUGAAGUAAGGUGUUCUGUUGCAAAAUUGUUGGGAUCAUUAAUAGCUUCCACUCAAAUUCAAACAAAAGAAUACAAUUCAAUGCAACCAAGUAAAAUUGUCAAAAGUUUAUCUUUAGAAGAUGCAUUGGGUAUACUUAUGACUGGUUUUUUGAGAGGUGGAACUGGUUUUCUUAAAGGCACAGGAGAAAUAAUCAAAGGAAAUACCGGCAGUCAUAGAGAAAUUAGAGUUGGGGUGACAUAUGCAUAUGUGGAAUUUGUUCAGACUUUGGAAAUAAAUUGGUUGGAAAAAAAUUUAAAUAUUUUUAUACGUCAUAUUUUGGAUCUUGUUGUGAAUCCAAAAUCAGCAUCUACACAUGUUGAUGCUGUUUAUUCUAGAAAAUGUGUAAGCUUUAUACUACGUAGCGUUUUAGGACAAAUGUUAGGAGAAAAAGCUCAAUCUUCAGCUUGUAAAGAAUUGGCUUUAAUAGUAAAAAAGCAAAUGACUUCAAUUGAUUUUAGCCCAGAAAAUGCUAAGGAUUUCAACCAAGAAACAAUAUUUGGUCAGCACUUUCUUGUUUGUGCACUACAGGAGAUGGGUUGCUUAUUACUUAAUAUGGGUACAAUGGCUAUUAAUCUUGUAUCGGAUAGCACUUGUAAUGUGAUUGAGACAGCUUUAACUGUUUUGGUUCAUCCAAGUCAAGCUGCUCGAUUAUCUGCUGCUUGGUGUCUUCGGUGUGUUUGUAUUGCCUUGCCAAGUCAGUGCACACCUUUGAUUGAUCGUUGCAUUGAAAAUAUUGAAAGCUCUUGUGCCACUCCAGAAAUAAUAUCAGGUUAUAGUGCUGUACUUGUUGGUAUUCUUGGAAGUACAAGUAUUUCACCUUUGGGUAUACCUCAUAUGCGUGGAAAAAUCAUUUUCAAUAUUGCAGAAGAUUUAUUACGUAGUGCCAGCCAAAAUAGUCGACUUUCACUUAGUAGAACUCAAGCUGGAUGGUUGCUUAUUGGUGGAGUAAUGUCAUUAGGUGUUAGUGUAGUUAGAGGUCUGUUACCUCGUAUGCUUCUUUUAUGGAGAAACUCUUUCCCACGAUCCUCUAAAGAACUUGAAUCUGAAAAGGCUAGAGGAGAUGCAUUUACUUGGCAGUUAACAUUGGAAGGUCGAGCUGGUGCUAUGGCAUCUAUCCAUAGUUUUUUAUAUAAUUGUAGUGAUUUGGUUACUGAAGACAUAAUUAGAAGAUUAUUAACACCAAUAGAAUCUGCAUUGGCUAUGUUGAUAAAUAUGACAUCAGUGGUUAAAAGUUGUGGUCAGCAUUUAAAGGCGCCUAUUGCAUUAGUAAGAUUACGAUUAUAUGAAACAUUAUCUCUGAUUCCUGCUCAAAACUAUGAAGCUUCUUAUACACACAUUUUGAGACUUUUAGUCUCUGAGUUUACAUUAGCUGAAAAUCCAGCAAAUACUAUCACUUCUAAAUUAAGAUACUUGUCUCAAAACGAAGAAGGAGUUUUAUUAGGAUUGUGUCCUGUUCAACACUCACACCAUCAAACAAUUGAAGAUCAGGUGGAUUGUUCAAGAAAGUCUGACUAUGAUUAUCUUGUUCAGUAUAAUGCUAUAGGAUCUGGAGCUUUAGAACAUGAUCCUCGGUUCCUAUACCUCUCGGUGUCUAAGGAUGAAUUGGUUCCUAGUCCUUUGCCAUUAGGUGUAACAGUGAUAGAUGCUUCUAUUACAUUAUUUGGUUUAAUUUUUCCGCGAGUGGCCAACAAACACAGAAUUCAAAUGAUAGACCAUUUUACUGACCAAAUAAAAUACUCAAAAUCGUUUCGUUGUGAUGCUAUUUCUAUAAAUAUAUUUGCUUCACUUCUAACUGGCCUGAAAAUACUUUCAGAUACAAAAACAACUAUUGAACAUGAUGAAAUUAAGACUACAACAGCUACAUUGAUUAUGAACACGUUAACAAAUGGUAAUACUAUUCUACGGAUUUCUGCUGCUGAGAGUGUGGGGCGUAUGGCACAGGCUGUAUCAGAUUCUCGUUUUACUGCUAUGCUUGCACAAACUAGUUUUGAUCGUCUUCGUUGUGCUAGAGAUGUUCCCAGUCGAACUGGUCAUUCUUUAGCUCUUGGAUGUUUACAUAAACAUGUUGGUGGAAUGGGAUCUUCACAUCAUUUAAAUACUAGUGUCAGCAUUUUGCUUGCUCUAGCCCAAGACACAACAUCACCAAUUGUCCAAGUGUGGUCAUUACAUGCAUUAUCUCUUAUUGCAAAUUCUGGAGGUCCAAUGUUUAGGGGAUACGUUGAACCUUCACUAUCAUUGGCUUUAAAACUGUUAUUAAUAGUACCUCAUUAUCAUGCAGAUGUUCAUCAAUGUAUUGGAAAGCUAAUAUCUGCAUUGAUCACUACUAUUGGACCAGAGUUACAAGGUAAUUCAGCAUCGAUUACAACUGCAAGAUCGUCUUUUUUGUGUGCAUGUGCUAUUAUGCAAGAUCAUGAAGAUCCAUUAGUCCAAGCUGAGUCUACAGUUUGCCUACAAGAAUUGCAUUUAUUUACACCAAAACAUGUUAACUUAACGGGUUUAGUUUGGACAUUAUGUCAAAAUUUGUCAAAUAGUCAUUUACUUUUAAGAAAAGCAGCGGUGUCAUGCCUGCGCCAACUAUCACAAAGGGAAGCUAAAGAAGUCUGUGAAAUAGCAGAUUCAUUUGUUAAAUCUAAUGAAAAUAAUAUCAGAGAAGAUUUUUUUCUCACGGACUCUGGCCUUCCUGGUGUGUUAUUUAAUAUGUUAGACACAGAAACGGAUAAACAACUCAUUAAAGAUAUUCAUGACACUUUAAUAAGUAUGCUUCAAAUGUUAGCUGUAGAAAAUCUUACCAAAUGGAUAAAUUUGUGUAAAUCUGUUUUGGCUGUUUCUUCAGAUGUUAAUAAUAAAGAAAUAGACAAGUCUGAUGGGAAUAUUAUGAAUGACGAUGAAGAAACUGGUGAUGAUCAAGAUGAGUUUCAAAUGGAAAAUAAAGAACAGGAAUCCAUUAAAAGAAAACAUCAACCUCGGUGGCCUACUAGAGUAUUUGCAGUUCAGUGUAUUUGUCGUAUAAUAUCUACUUGCUACAAAGAAAGCAAUGCUGCUCCACAUUUCAAUUUAUCUUUAGCAAAAGAAUUAUCAUUUACAAAUAAUAAAGGUGAUUAUUUGAUUCUUCAUUUGUCUGAUUUAAUAAGAAUGGCAUUUAUGGCUGCAACCAGUGACAGUGAUCAGUUACGUUUAGAAGGAUUUGAAACUCUCAAUGAAAUCAUAGAGAAAUUUGCUCAAGUACCAGAACCUGAAUUUCCAGGCCAUUUAUUAUUAGAACAAUUUCAAGCUCAAGUGAGCGCUGCAUUGCGACCUGCUUUUUCAGAGGAUACAUCUAGCCAUGUAACAGCAGCUGCUUGUCGUGUUUGUGGAACAUGGAUAGGCAGUGGAGUGGCUCGUGAUAUAAAUGAUUUAAAACGAGUUUAUCAUCUUCUAGUUAUAUCUCUUAAAAAGCUUAAACCUGGUUUUAAUAUAAAUUUUAAUAGCUUAUACAAUGAAAGUGUUGCUACAUUUGAGUGUUUAGCUAUUCUUAAAGCUUGGUCUCAGAUUUAUAUCAUUGCUAUGAUCAAUAGUGGUAUUGCUCCUGGUAAUUUUCACAAGAUUCCAUGUUCGAAUACAAAUAAAUCUUGUGAUGAUUUUGGAAAAUAUGAAAGCCAAAAUGAUAGUUUAUUGAAUUUAAUUCGCCCCGAAUUAGAACUGUUAUCAAAAAAUUGGCAAGCAGCUCUUAAAGACCAUGCUCUUUUAUUAUUGCCUUGUGAAUUUAACAGUCAACUUCCUCACGAAGGUGGUGCAUUUUACACUUCAAGUACUAUGGACAAUAGCAGAAGUCAUUAUAAAAAUGCAUGGCCUCCUAUAUUGUACGCAUUAUCUUUAUGGUUGAAUUCAGAAGAUUUUAAACAAACAAAAAAUACCAUUGAAAAAGAAAUUCAGGAUAAAUUUUUUUUAAUUUUUGGUCUUUGUACAGAAGCCAUAUGUAACCAACGAACAAUAGAGAAUCUUGACAACUUCAAAACUUGCUUGAAAUCAUUGUACACAAUUUUAGACUCUUCACUUGCACGACAAAUUAUGAUGAAAAAUCAAGUUUUAGCCGUUGAAACAUUAAAUAUUAUGCACAAAUUACUUCUAACCAAUGAUAGUGUUGAAGUUCAACAACUAGUUAUGGAUAUAGUAAAACAAAUAGUUAAAGCUGCACAAGAGGAUAUGGACAUUAAUAAAAAUAAAACUGAUGUUAAAUGUACUGAGUUGAUAAACCCUAAAGAAAAUUACUGUUUUGGUGAUGGUGGUAUUGAUGGAGUCAUAGAGCAUGAAAAAAGUAUAGUUUUUGCUACUUUAGAAGUUUGUAUGUGCUUAAUUGUGCGACAGAUACCAGAAAUGAAUCCUACACCUAUUGUAACAUCUACAAAAAAAUUGCUUCCAAAUUGCAUAAACCACAAUAUAAUAGCUACAACAUUGAACAUAAUGGCUCAAUUACCAUCUCUUUGUUCACCAAAAGGAGGCGUUCAGAUCCUUCCUAUCAUUGCAUACCUCUCAACCAAUAUUUUAAAAGAGUUGGGAGAAUCUUCAAGUGAAUCUUCCAAACUUGAGGUCUCUGUAGUAGCUACUUUGGACUUAUUCCUUGAACUCUGUAAACAUCCAUAUGGUUAUAAUGAAAUAACUGAAAAUCAAUGGAGGGCACUUUUACAAAGCACAGUUACAAAACUUAUUGAUUUUUCUAAAACUGGAAAUGAAGGGAAAAAAAUAGAUGAGAUUACAAUGAUAACGGUAAUUUCUAUAUUUACAUUACAUUCCCCACCUAAUGUAAUGUGUGCGCAAAAUAUUUUAUAUCCUUGCAUCAAUUACUGUUUGCAAUGUGUUGGAUGCAAUAAUAUUCAAGUGAAAAUAAAGUGUACUCAGUUUUUAAAAGCUGUAUUUCAACAUAAUGAUAAAUAUAUUGCAACUGGAUAUAUUCAAGCAUUGGCUCCGCGCAUUGUAGAACAAUUAUGUGAUAAUGUCCCAAUUCCUUUGCUUGAGUGUCACUUACUCUUGCUUUGUGAAUCAAUUAGUGCUGUUGAAAGUUUGAUCCAGUUAGCUCCACCAAAACAUAGAAUACAAAUGUUAGCAUUACUUGUACCAGCGGUAAUUAACUUUCUUAUCGAUUCAGAACACAUCAAAUAUGAUCUAUCAACAAAACACCAGUACAAAUUACAUGAAUUUAGCUUGCAAUGCUUGUUAAAAAUUGGACCUCUGUUUCCACAGGAAUUUAAAUCUAUUAUGGCACAAAAUAAUAAGUUAAAAACAAGAUUGGAGCACUCAAUAAAAACUAAUAUUGUCAUGCAACAUCAAUACAACUCUAAUAAUCAAGUAUCACAAAACUCUACAAAACUAGCUCAACCAUCUAUUAAAUUGAAAACGGACUUUACAAAUUUUAGCCAUAACAUGGACUUAUAAAUAAUUAACAACCUUAAAAGAAUUUGUUUAAAAAGAUAAGUGAAAAGACUUAAUUUUUAAUUAUAUAGUUCAUACAGUUCCAAAUUAUUAUUACCUGUGUGUUAUAGUUUAUAGAUUUUUACGAAUUUUAAAAUCCAUUAAAU